AGAUGAUUGGUGACGGAGGCAGGCCAGCGUUUAUUUUGGCUCUGCUACUCAUUUGUCUCGCUGUCGCCGCCAUUAAACAACACGGAGGCAAUGUAAACCACGGAGAGUCGCGGAUUUAAACGAUGAUUCGAGGUGUUCCAGGCUUUGCCGGGGAUUGCUUUGUUCCGCCAGUGGUUAACGAGUCCAUGAAGGUAAACAUGUGAGAGGGCAGAGGAGUCGAAAUCAUUCGGAUUGGGAAAGGUUUGAUUGAGCCGGAGGAGGAGGAGAGGAGGGGAGGAGGGGGAGUGAACGAGAAGGGUUUGUUGUGGUUUUCGGCGGCGCAGUGCAGUCACGAAACGUGCAUCCAACUAAAGUAGUCCACAAUGACGGAGCAGAGGAUAAAGUGGGCCUGUGACUACUGCACCUAUGAAAACUGGCCAUCUGCAAUCAAAUGUACUAUGUGCCGUGCACCGAGGUUGAGGGGACCCAUUAUUACAGAGGAACCUUACAAAAACAGUCCUGAUCUGGACCCCGGGCUGGAGUGGGAGCCUUCUAGAAGUGAAGGUGGGAGCAGCCUCCUCAUCUGUCCUGAUUCCAGUGCCAGGCCUAGAGUCAGGUCACCCAGUAUGGCUGAGAUUGCCAAUAAGUGGUCCUGCCAGAUGUGCACCUAUCUGAACUGGCCUCGUGCCAUCCGUUGCACACAGUGCCUCUGUCAGCGCCCGAGGACCAGCAGCCCCACUGAGUCCCCACAGACGUCAGGCUCCAAUGCAGGUUGCCGCCCUGCUCUCCACUCUCCUGUGGAUACCUGUGAGGAGUAUAAUGACAGAAACAGACUCAACACCCACCAGCAGCACUGGACAUGUACCGCCUGCACUUACCAGAACUGGCCCAGAACUACAAAAUGUGUGGUGUGUGACCUCCCCAGGCCCAACAACCAAGAAGCCAUAGAGCUGGCCGAGUCUGCGGAGCCCUCACCCGUAAUCAACGAGCAAGACAGGGCUCGGUGGAGGGGCAGUUGCAGCGAAGGCCAGGGGCAAAGGAGAUCCCCUCCUAUGCCCAAGAGGGAAGAUCAUGUCACUAUGGAUUUCCAGAGGAUAGAGCUUGCAGCUGGAGCCAUGAGCAAAGAGGAACAAGAAGUCGACUUCAAGAGGUUAAAGCAGAUUAGGAACCGAAUGAAGAAAACUGACUGGCUGUUUCUUAGUGCAUGUGCUGGCGUUGUGGAGGGAGACCUGGCGGCAGUAGAAGCUUAUAAGUCAUCCGGUGGCGACAUUGCCCGACAGCUCACUGCAGACGAGGUGCAGCUCCUUAAUCGGUCCUCAGCUUUUGAUGUAGGCUUCACUCUGGUUCAUCUGGCUAUUCGCUUUCAAAGGCAGGACAUGCUCGCCAUUCUGCUAACAGAGGUGAGCCAGCAAGCAGCUAAGUGCAUCCCUUCCAUGGUGUGUCCCGAGCUGACGGAGCAGAUCCGCAGAGAGAUUGCAUCUUCACUACGUCAACGUAAAGGAGACUUCACCUGUUACUUCCUCACCGAUUUGGUCACUUUUACUCUGCCCGCAGAUAUAGAAGACUUGCCGCCUGCUGUCCAGGAGAAGUUGUUUGAUGAGGUGUUAGAUCGAGAUGUGCAGAAAGAACUGGAAGAGGAAUCUCCUGUUAUCAACUGGUCUCUGGAGCUGGGGACACGCCUGGACAGUCGCCUCUACGCCUUGUGGAACCGCACUGCCGGAGACUGCCUGUUGGACUCUGUUCUGCAGGCCACCUGGGGCAUCUACGACAAGGACUCUGUCCUCCGCAAGGCUCUCCACGACAGCCUGCACGACUGCUCCCACUGGUUUUUCACACGCUGGAAGGAGUGGGAGUCAUGGUACUCGCAGAGCUUUGGUUUACAUUUCUCCCUCAGAGAGGAGCAGUGGCAGGAAGACUGGGCCUUCAUUCUGUCUUUGGCCAGCCAGCCCGGGGCCAGCCUUGAGCAGACCCACAUUUUUGUUCUUGCACAUAUUCUUCGAAGACCCAUCAUAGUCUACGGAGUGAAAUACUACAAAAGUUUCCGUGGGGAAACGUUAGGAUACACUCGUUUUCAAGGUGUGUACCUGCCUCUGUUAUGGGAGCAGAGCUUCUGCUGGAAGAGCCCCAUUGCCCUGGGCUACACACGGGGUCACUUCUCGGCCCUGGUAGCUAUGGAGAACGACGGCUACGACAAUCGCGGUGCGGGCGCCAACCUCAAUACUGACGACGAUGUCACGGUCACUUUCCUGCCAUUGGUGGACAGCGAAAGGAAGCUGCUGCAUAUUCACUUCCUGUCUGCACAAGAGAUGGGCAACGAGGAGCAGCAGGAAAAGCUGCUGAGGGAAUGGCUGGACUGCUGCGUGACAGAAGGAGGCAUGCUGGCUGCCAUGCAGAAGAGCUCUCGCCGCCGUAACCACCCCUUGGUCACCCAGAUGGUGGAGAAGUGGUUGGACAGAUACCGCCAGAUCCACCCCUGUGCCUCUCUCUCCGACGGCGAGGAAGAGGACGAUGAAGACGAGUGAGUGAGGGGGAAGUAGAGAAGGGAGAAAAGAGCUCUUAAAUCUGUGGAAUGGACAUUAUAGGGUCUGGGAGAGACUACCUUGCUAUCUACAUUUCCCCUCCCCCUCCCUCCUUUCUCCAAAAAUGUAAAUCUUUAACUUGUAAUAAUGCAUGUGUUCUGUGAGCUCUGUGGUAGAGAAGAUACCAGCACCAUCAAACAGAAUCCCGAUUACUGCUCCCAUGAACGCAAGUCCACUUGGUUUGUCUCCCUAUAGUCCUUACCGGUUAUCUUGACGCUUCCUGUCAAGGUAAUUAUCUCACCGUGAGAGAAGUAAUAGCUCAUAUAGGAAAAAUAUACUGUAUUUAAGGAAAUCCUGAAGCUGCACUAGAUGGCAAAGUUCAUUUAUACAGAAUUGCCUGACAGAAAUUUUUGCUUCAAACUGAGAGGAUGAUAAUCCUUUUUGUGUGUGUGUGUGUGUAUGUUUAAGGUUUACAGAGCACUUGUUUUCCUGAUUGCUGAUCCCCUCUGCAAAGCCCCAUUUGAUGUUGAAUUUAUUUAUUUGUUUAGAAGAGUUGGCACGCGGAGGCGAUACCCUUUGUUCUGCCCCGUUUUAUCUGUUUUUUGGUUGCUUUUUUUUUUUUUUUUUUUGAUCCUUUCAGUUGAAGUAUUGAAGUAUUUUAUUUUGCACAGAUUACACAUAAAUUCUGUGAGGGGGGGGGACAUACAUGCUUACUGACAUUUCUAUGUGUGACAUAGUUUGUGUUUGAGUGGGUGGUGGUGGUGAUGCUGGUGGGGGAAAGAAAACCAAACGCCCUGCCUCUUUCAGUGGACAGCGUUAAUAUUAAAUUUGACUCACUUGCACCUACUUACUUACUUGCAUUGUUCAUUAAUUCCCACCGUUAAAUUCGUUGUUCGAAUUGGUGACGCCACACACGCACGAUUGCUUUUCCUUUCUGUUAUAGCUGAAGUCACUGGGUGAUGGUGGAUCGGGAAUGUUUGAUCGCACACAAGGACACAGCCAAUAAUGUUCACAUUGUGCACCCACAUCGUCUAAAUAGAAGUAGGAUCACUGCAGUAUGGAGUUCUCUAUAGUGCAAACCACGGUUAGUUUUAUAAGCAUGUAAUAAACUGUAUAUAAAAGAUGGCUUUAUCCUCGGUACCAUCGCUUAUUGGUUAGUAAAGUUAUGUUGUAAAGGCUCAAAUUAAAUAUUUACAUCUUGGCCAUCAUGGUGCUUGAUAGUGGGGCUAAUUUGGCCAAGAAAAAUACACAUUCAGGACAAGAUGGGCCCCACAUUAGCUUUAUCAUCAUUUUUAACUCAGACGUGGGCCGUAAUUUGCAACGUGCAAAACAACAGUUUAAUAAAAUUAGUAUUUAAUUUUGUCUAAAGUUUAAAUUUCGGAAUAAGACUUUUAAUAUUAAUUAACCUGCAGGGUUCUUUUUGUAGCCAAAGAGUUUCCCUCUGCUGGCAAUAUGAAGAACUGCAGGUUUAAGGCACUUUUCACUUAUGUUCCAUACAUUCAUCUUUUAUAUACAGUCUGUUAUUUUACCCCCUCAGCAGGAUUUUGUUUAAAACUUACAAAAUUUCUAGAUCAAGAGAGGUUUAUAAAAACAGACCUUUCUCUCUCUCUCUCUCUCUCUCUCUCUCUCUCUCUCUCUCCCCCCCUCUAAAUUAAUUGUUCUGGGACUAAAAAAUGUGGAAUUGUUUUUGUUUUUCAUUCAAUAAGAAGUUAUUUCUUGUAGCCCCAAAUACUGGAUUUCAUUCUAUUUCAGUAUUGUCUUUAUCCCCCCCACCACCACCAAGUAUUGGGGCUUUACACUUGUGAUAAAGCCCUGAUAUUGUGAUUUUUAUUUUAUUUUAUUUUUUUCAUAAUUAUGAAAUAUACACUUGCUGAUCACUUUAUGAAGUACACCAUGCUAAUACCGUGUGGACUCCUUUUUUUUUUUGCCUUCAGAAUGACCUUCAUUUUUCAUAGCAUACAAUUAAAAUUGUAUUAGAAAC